CGAUAGGCGAAGAGGCUAAAGCUAUCGGCACAUUUGUGUUGCCCAAGUAUUUGUUAAUAUUAUUACUUUAUUAAUUUUGGAAAYUAAAGUGCUGUAUAAAAAAUGUCACUACUCACACAGAGCAUGCGCCAGCUGCUGCGCCACACAACACAGCGUGCCACAUUAUGCGGUGCAAUGCGUGCCCUGAGCUUAGCUCCCACUCUACAGCAGCAAAACAAACCCGCUACUAUUGAUGUGUCUGCCAUUGCAAAGGAGCAUCAGAAAGAGUGUCAGACAGUAUGCGAGCGGAUUAAUCAGCAGGUGGCUAAAUCCGAGCAGGGCCGGCUAUUCGCUGUGGUUCAUUUGUGCGGCAAGCAAUUCAAGAUUACACCUGGAGACAUCAUUCUAGUCGAGGGAUAUUGGCCACCAACGAUAGGCGAUGAGAUUAGCCUCGAUAAAGUGCUGCUGGCGGGUGCCCGUGACUUCACAUUGAUCGGUAGGCCUAUUCUGGAAGCGGGCUUGGUCACUGUUAAGGCCACCAUUAUCGAGAAGACGCUGACGCACACGAAGACACACUUCAAGAAGAAGCGCAGGAAACAGUAUAUGCGCAUCAACUUCCAGCGAUCUCCCAAUACAAUGAUCCGCAUUAACUCCAUUGAGCUGACUCGCCCGCUGGACAGCAAUGCCGAGCCGGAAGCAGAGCCAUCAAAGCGUUUGUUUUAGUUAGCAACUUUGCCUUAUUGAAUUAAAUAUAUGUGUAAAAAGAUAAACAAA